AUGGCGCCGCCGCUCCGAGCCACCUGUCUGCUGGCGCUGCUCCUGGCCGGCGUCGCGCAGCGGCGCCUCGUCUGGGCGGGGUGCGCGCGGGGGGGCCUGCAGCCGCGGGACGUGAAGGUGGCUUGCAGCAAGGGCGUGGCGGGCACCAUCUAUGAGUACGGCGCACUCACCCUCAGUGGCGAGGAGUACAUCCCGUUCAGGCAGUUCGCGGGCAAGCACGUGCUCUUCGUCAAUGUGGCCACCUACUGAGGCCUGGCGGCCCAGUACCCUGAACUGAAUGCACUGCAGGAGGAGCUGGGGUCCCGUGGCCUGGUCGUGCUGGGCUUUCCUUGCAACCAGUUUGGGAAACAAGAACCAGGAAGCAACUCGGAGAUCCUUUCCGGGCUCAAGUACGUGCGUCCGGGCGGAGGCUUCGUUCCCAAUUUCCAGCUCUUUGAAAAGGGAGAUGUGAAUGGAGAGAAGGAACAGAAGAUCUUCACCUUCCUGAAGAAUUCCUGCCCUCCAACCUCCGAACUCCUGGGCACAUCAAGCCAACUCUUUUGGGAGCCCAUGAAGGUCCACGACAUUCGCUGGAACUUCGAGAAGUUCCUGGUGGGGCCCGAUGGAGUCCCCGCCCUGCGCUGGUUCCACAAGGUCCCCAUGAGUAAGGUCAGAUCUGACAUCCUGGAGUACUUGGAGCGGUCCGACUCCCAGUAGGAAGCUGGCAGCUGGGGAAGGUCUCUGCCCCACUCCCUCCAGUCCAGCCUCCCUGGCCAGGCCACCCUCCCCCCACGCAGCUGCUCAUGUGUGUGUGAGCAGUUGCGUGUGUGCAUGUGUGUGUUUGAAGAUCAAGGGAAGGAAAACCUAUCUGAUCCUGAAAUGUGAGUUUUUUCCAAACUGUUCCAAAGGAAAAUAAUGUUUUAGGUAGCCAUUCAGACUGCUCCAAAUGCUAAAAAAGCAGUUCCCCAGAAGUCCUGGCCUGAAGACAGAAGGGAAGCAGGGACUGCCAGAAGCCCCCAGGCCCUAGCCGCUGCCUGUCUGGGAUGUGCCCUCUCCCUCUCCAGACUCCUCCAGCUCCUCCAGUCCGCCCCCCUCAGCACAGCCCCCACAGGGCCUCUGCAGGAAAGGGGAGCAGAAGCCUCACUUCGCAGGGGAAGGGCGUCUCCAUGAUGGUGGGUCCCCAAGCCCCUCCGGUGGGACCACUCCAGAGCCUUCCCUGGAGCCUGCGCCUUGGUGCAUUCAGGCGUGGCCCCAGGCAGGGACGCCCCUUCCUCCAGCAGUCUCCUCACCUUAGCCUUGCUCUGCCCGGAUUCCAAUAAAGGACUCU